AUGUCGGUCGAAACUUCUCCCAUCUUCUUCUUCAUCCCAGGCGCAUGGCACAGCCCUGAUACCUUCAACGCGGUCCGCGCCGUGCUUGCCCAACGCGGACAUGAAUCCACGGCCGUGGCUCUUCCAUCCGUUGGUUCCGACAAGCCCUUCAACGUGGGUCUUCACGCUGAUAUCGCUCAUGUCCAUCAUGCGCUGCGAGCCCUGGCCAAGAUGGGCCGCAAGAUCGUUCUGAUCAUGCACUCCUACGGUGGCAUGGUGGGUUCCGGAGCCCUCGAGGGCCUAGGUUACGCCCAACGACAGCAAAACGAUCUUUCUGGCGGAGUCAUCAUGGCCGUGUGGAUGGCGUCUUUCGUGACACCCAAGGGCAAGUGUCUCUUUGACAUGCUCGGUAACCAGUGGCUUCCGUGGAUGAUGUUUACUGACCCCGACGAUGGUUACUGUUACUCCUCCCAGCAGGAAGCCAUAUUUUACCACGACAUCCCUUCCGAGGAACAGGCCGCCGCCAUCGCGCAACUGAGACCGCACAGCAAGCUCGCCUUUCUGGAACCCGCCACCUACGAGCCAUGGCGCGAUAUGCCCUGCAUGUAUCUCUUCUGCGACCACGACGUUGCAAUCCCCCUCUCGGUUCAGGAGCAAUUCGCACAGACCUUGGGAGAUCCAGUGACUUAUCACAUGAGUGCAUCGCACUCGCCAUUUCUGAGCCAGCCGGAAGAAUUGGCCCAGAGGCUUGAGCUGGCGUUGGAGCAAGGGCUGGCAAAGCUUGGAAGCGAGCGGUCUGAUUAA